UGUCCCGCCAUGUCCAUCCGGUCCUUUAGAGAGAGAGAGAGAGAGAAGCCGCAGAAAGUAGAGAGAGAGAGAGAGAGCUCACUGUACAGAAACAGGAAGCCAUCGGAAAAGACCAGAGACACAGAGGGAGAGAGAGAAGCUCAGCACACGGAUGUUGAAAACUUUGCUCUAAAGCCCUCUCACGGAUUCCUCGCCGGACCCAACCUCCAUCUGCCGCAAUAAUUGAUCCCAGCCACCUCGAAUGGCGACUCCGCUGACGGGGAUUCAGCCAAGGGACGGGGCCGGAGGGGGCGGCGUCGCUGUGAUGGCCGGCGGUCCAGCUCAGAACACAAUCGCCGCCUCACCUUCAAAAUCCUGCAUCAGAACCUCGGCCCUCAAAUCUCCUAUCCUAAUCUUCCUGUUCUUCCACAAGGCAAUUCGGUCCGAGCUCGACCGCCUCCACCGGGCCGCCCUGGACCUCGCCACCAGCCGAGAGGGCGCCGAUAUCGAGCCUCUCCUGAAGAAAUACCACUUCUUCCGCUCAAUUUACAAGCACCAUUGUAAUGCCGAAGACGAGGUCAUCUUUCCCGCUUUGGACAUACGUGUGAAGAAUGUUGCCCGGACUUAUUCCCUUGAGCAUGAGGGAGAAAGUCUUCUUUUUGAUCAAUUGUUCGAGCUCUUGCGCUCUAACACGCAACAUGAGGAGAGUUAUUGGAGAGAAUUAGCUUCCCGCACAGGAGCCCUUCAAACAUCAAUUGAUCAGCACAUGUCCAAGGAGGAGGAGCAGGUUUUUCCCUUGCUUAUCGAGAAAUUCUCUUUUGAUGAACAAGCCUCGCUAGUAUGGCAGUUUCUUUGUAGUAUUCCUGUAAAUAUGAUGGCUGAGUUUCUUCCAUGGCUUUCUUCCUCUGUAUCCUCUGAAGAACAUCGGGAUAUGCGUGAUUGUCUAUGUAAGAUAAUCCCUAAAGAAAAGCUCUUGCAGGCGGUUGUUUCUGCUUGGCUGGAUGGGCUAAAAGUACAUGGUUCAUGUGGAAGCUGCGGUAAUAAUAGUUGUGAUGCCCGCUGUGGUCAAGGUUCUGGAUGUAACAAGGUUUUAACUGAGAAUGGACACUGUGCGUGUGAACCUUCAAGGCCCCUCAAGAGGAAGUAUGCAGAACUGAGUGGAGAUCUCACUAAUUCAUGCAUGACUCAUCCUAUCGAUGAAAUACUGAUGUGGCAUAAUGCUAUCAAGAGAGAGUUGAAUGAUAUAGCUGAGGCAGCUAGGACAAUACAGCUUUCUGGAGAUUUUUCUGAUCUAUCUGAAUUCAACCAUAGGUUGCAAUUUAUUGCUGAAAUUUGUGUAUUUCACAGUAUUGCGGAGGACAAAGUCAUCUUCCCUGCUUUAGAUGCAGAACUCUCUUUUGUGCAGGAGCACGAGGAGGAAGAAAAUCAGUUUGAUAAGCUUCGCUGUUUAAUAGAAAAUAUUCAAAGUACUGGUGCCACUUCAUCAUCUACUGAAUUUUACACAAAAUUGUGCUUGCAUGCUGACACAAUAAUGAAUUCUAUCAAGAAGCAUUUCCAAAAUGAAGAAGUUCAGGUAUUACCUCUUGCUCGAAAGCAUUUUAGCCAACAGAGACAGCGAGAGCUUUUGUAUCAGAGCCUGUGCAUUAUGCCCUUGAAAUUGAUCGAAUCUGUCUUGCCAUGGUUCAUUGCAUCUUUGAGUGAAGUGGAGGCACGAUCAUUUCUUCUGAAUAUGCAUAUGGCAGCUCCUGCAGCAGAUUCUGCACUAGUCACUCUCUUUUCUGGUUGGGCAUGCAAAGGCCAUUCAAAGAGCAUUUGCCUGUCCUCCUUUGUAGUAGAUAGUUGCACUGCAAGCGGAUUCACGGAUUGUAAUGCCGGAAUGGAGCUACCAUCACGUGACUGCACUUCCCGUGGUGCUAACCAAAUUGGACAGAAAGGUGAAAUUGAUGAAUCAAAACAGGCACUCAAACAAGGCAACACACUGUCUUUUGAAAACAGCAAUCUUUGUUUCCUCGGAGGAACGGCACAUACCCAUAGAACAGCUUGUAAUAAUCGGUCUUGCUAUGUACCUGAGUUAGGAGUUAAUAGCAGUAAGCUUGGGGCAAGCUCUCUUACAGCUGUUAAAUCUCUACGGUCCUUAUCUUUCAGCCCCACAGCUCCUUCCUUAAACUCAAGUCUCUUUACCUGGGAAGCGGAUAUGAGCUCUGCUGACUCUGGUUCUGGAUCUCGCCCUAUAGAUAACAUAUUCAAGUUUCAUAAGGCCAUCCGCAAGGAUUUGGAGUAUCUAGACGUUGAGUCUGGAAAACUUAGUGAGUGCAAUGAGACAUUCCUUAGGCAGUUCACUGGUAGAUUUCGUCUGUUAUGGGGUCUUUAUAGAGCUCAUAGCAAUGCAGAGGAUGAUAUAGUGUUUCCGGCGCUAGAAUCCAAAGAGACUCUUCAUAAUGUUAGCCACUCAUACACACUGGACCACAAACAGGAAGAAAAGCUCUUCGAAGAUAUUUCAAGUGCACUUUCAGAGCUUACUCAGCUUCAUGAAUUAUUGGCUGAUUCAGAUCAGAGCGGCUCCAUAGGUUUUGAUGACAGUGAGACGAGGAAAAAGUAUGAUGAGCUUGCCACGAAGCUUCAGGGCAUGUGCAAAUCCAUCAGAGUCACCCUUGAUCAACAUGUUUUCCGGGAAGAACUUGAGCUGUGGCCAUUGUUUGACACACACUUUACGGUGGAGGAGCAGGACAAGUUGGUCGGCCAAAUAAUUGGUACCACAGGUGCUGAGGUUCUGCAGUCUAUGUUACCUUGGGUUACUUCUGCUUUGACUCAAGAAGAGCAAAAUAAAAUGAUGGAUACUUGGAAGCAGGCAACUAAAAACACCAUGUUCAGCGAAUGGCUAGAAGAAUGGUGGGAGGUGUCGGAUGCUAGAUCCUCACGAGCAGGUUCAUCAGAAAGCUGCAUGUCACUGGGCUCUGAUAUCCGAGGAGGCUUAGACAGUGACCAUACUUUCAAGCCUGGGUGGAAGGAUAUAUUCCGCAUGAAUCAAAAUGAACUCGAAUCAGAGAUAAGGAAAGUUUCUAGAGAUUCAUCUCUCGAUCCAAGAAGAAAAGCAUAUCUUCUUCAGAAUUUGAUGACCAGUCGAUGGAUAGCUGCUCAGCAGAAGACAACUCAAGCAGCUGCUGAAAGCUUAAAUGAUGAUGAAUUUCUAGGUUGUGCCCCGUCAUUUCGCGAUGAAGAGAAACUGGUGUUUGGUUGUGAGCACUACAAGAGAAAUUGCAAACUCCGCGCUGCCUGUUGUGGCAAGUUGUAUACCUGUAGAUUCUGUCAUGAUAAUGUCAGUGAUCAUUCAAUGGACAGGAAAGCCACGGCUGAAAUGAUGUGCAUGCGUUGCCUUAACAUUCAGCCUGUGGGACCUACCUGUACCACACCUUCAUGUGAUGGACUUUCAAUGGCAAAAUACUACUGUAGUAUCUGCAAAUUCUUCGAUGAUGAAAGGACUGUUUAUCAUUGUCCGUUCUGUAAUCUAUGCCGUGUUGGGAAGGGACUCGGAGUGGAUUUUUUCCAUUGCAUGACGUGCAAUUGCUGUCUAGGGAAGAUGUUAGUGGAACACAAAUGUCGUGAGAAAGGUUUAGAGACGAACUGUCCCAUUUGCUGUGACUUUUUGUUCACAUCAAGUGCAACAGUCAGAGCUCUCCCUUGUGGUCAUUUUAUGCAUUCUGCUUGCUUCCAGGCUUAUACUUGCAGCCACUACAUCUGCCCAAUUUGCAGCAAAUCCUUGGGAGAUAUGGCGGUGUACUUCGGCAUGCUUGACGCAUUACUGGCAUCAGAAGUGCUGCCCCAAGAAUACAGAAAUCGAUGUCAGGACAUACUGUGUAACGACUGUGAUAAGAAGGGGACCUCACCAUUCCACUGGCUGUACCACAAGUGCGGUUAUUGUGGAUCCUAUAACACUCGCGUAAUUAAGGUCGAUGCCGCAAACUCGAACUGCUCAACUUCAAAUACCUGAGGUUAUCUCUGCUUCUCAAAGUUUGUCGAAGGAUAAUACCGACUCAAUUAAGCCAUAAAUGCAGAAGGCCAAGCUUUGGCAUUUUCGGGUGAAUUACUCUGAUUUUGGUAGUUGUUGACGCCAUUGCUGAGAGCGUUGCAGUUAGGCAAUUGGAGGAUGGUACAUCAGUUUUGUUUCAAUCAGGGAAUGCCAAUAUUACGAUAUCUAAUACUGUUACAUGGCAAUUUAUCGCGUGAUUCGCGCUCAAUUCGUUUACAUAUAUUUAUUGUAAUCUAAUUGGUGUUGUCUCUCGUGAUAGAAUUAUCGAAAAA